AUGGUCGCCAUCUCCCGCGCACUCCUCCUCGGCAUGGCCACCAGUUUCAGCGCCCUCGUCAGCGCCGAUAACUGCAAGUCCAGUCUGUUCUACUGCGGAAACAGUCUUUUGCAUAAAGGCAACUACUACGACCAAAUCGUCGGCGCCCUCAAAGCCAAAGGCCAACCGACCGAUGACGCGCACAUCCACAACGCGUUGUUCUAUUGCACUGGAGGCGCCAAUGGCGAGAUUACUUACCAGAUGUUUUGCGGUGGUGGAUGUGUAGAUGGGGGGAGUGGGAAGAGUGAUCACUGCUGA